GCUCUUCCUUGAGUCUGAUCAUUACACACUCUUCAUCUUUGUUACCAACUCAUCCUCUUACAUCUUCAUUUCUUUUCCUACCCGAAAGAAAAAUGGCAUCGAGUUCAAUGUCAGCCUCUGGCUCGUGGAGUGUGAAGGACAACAAGGCCUUCGAGAAGGCUCUAGCUGUUUACGACAAGGACACCCCUGACCGUUGGUACAAUGUUGCCCAUGCUGUUGGUGGCAAAACUCCAGAGGAAGUGAAGAGACACUACGAACUCCUUGUCCAGGAUGUUAAACAUAUUGAGUCUGGACGAGUGCCAUUCCCGAAUUACAAGAAAACUUCAGCCUCUGACCAGGAGGAGAAAAGGCUGAGGAAUUUGAACCUCCAGUGACCCCAAACUACCAUCGACAACCACAACAACAACAACAAAUUGAUUUUCUAAUUUUCAUCAACCAACAUCUUCAGUUUCCAGCAUCCCUGGUAGUACUACGUGGUGCUAUGUCACACAUAAUUGCUAGUGCAAUGGCAUUUUUAGGCUAUUUUGGUCAUAAGAAUCAUAUGUCCCGUGAUUCCAUCUUGUAUUUUCUUGUCGUUGAAGCUGCCUCUAAAAGAGUCAGCGACUGUUUCAGUUCCUAGUCCUAAAUAAAUUUAUAAUUUCAUUA